UUCUCCGCGAAAGGGGCGGCGCUAACCAGCAGGCGCCAAGAACCGCCCCGGACCGCACCCCGAGCCCGGCGGGGACUCGGGUUUCUAGCGGGUUUCAUUGGAAAUGCGUGGGUGCCACCCAGCAGUUACCUGGCCGGGGUUCGGGGGGGCCCCAAGGGCGGCCAAGCGGUCUCACGCGAUCGGAGUCACUGCGCCAGCAUUGCGGGCUGGGCCAUGAAAGAGGAUAAGGAGAAAGCGAGGCCCAAGGAGAAGCGGCAGCCCUCGUCCUCAGCCCCGUCGGCAGCAGCCACCACAGCGACUGCAGAGACAGCGGCGGCGGCGGCGGUCACCACAGCGGCGGUUACCGCGGCGGCGGCGGCGGCGGUCACAGGGGCCUCGGCCUCGGCCUCAACCCCCGCCCCGGCCCCGGCUUCGGCCCCGGCCCCGGCUUCGGCCUCGGCCCCGGUCUCGGCCUCGGCCCCGGCCCCGGCCCCAGCGGCCGCGUCUGCAGGGGGGGCGGCAGCGGCAGCCGGGGCGACCGCGAGCGCCAGCUACGCGGGAUCGGGGGACAGCGCUAAGGCCCAGGACAGAAAGGCCGAGAGAUUCAAAGACAAGAAGGAGAUGCUGAGCAAGGUGAUCAUUCGUAGGUUGCCUCCUACUCUGACCAAGGAACAGCUGGAAGAACAUCUUCAACCUCUGCCUGAACAUGAUUAUUUUGAGUUCUUUGCAAAUGAUUCUAGUCUGUAUCCCCAUAUGUUUUCUAGAGCAUACAUCAACUUUAAAAACCAGGAGGAUAUUGUUUUGUUCCGGGAUCGCUUUGAUGGUUAUGUUUUCGUGGAUCAUAAAGGUCAAGAGUACCCUGCCAUAGUGGAAUUUGCUCCUUUUCAAAAAUCAGCAAAAAAGAAGAAUAAGAAGAAAGAUGCCAAAACGGGGACUAUUGAGGAUGACCCUGAGUACAAGAAAUUUUUGGAGAGCUACUGUGCUGAGGAAGAGAAACUGACGUCUACUCCUGAGACUCUCUUAGAAGAAAUCGAAGCAAGAAAUAAAGAGCUGAUAGCCAAGAAGACAACUCCCCUUUUGAACUUCUUGAAAAAUAAGCAGAGGAUGAGAGAAGAAAAGAGAGAAGAGAGACGGCGGAGAGAGAUCGAGAGAAAAAGGCAGAGAGAAGAAGAAAGGAGAAAAUGGAAGGAAGAAGAGAGAAGAAAAAGAAAGGAUACAGACAAGAUAAAGAAGAUUGAAAGAGGUCCAGAAAAAGAGAGGGAUAGAUCAAAGGAUGAACCAAAGAUUAAGCUGCUCAAGAAGCCAGAAAGAGGAGAUGAAAAAGAAUUGGAAAAAAGGGAAAAAUCCAAGAGAUUGGACAAAGAGAUUCUGAAUGAGGAAAAACCCAGUGGCCAGAGUAGUACGGCCGUCAAGCGUUCUGAUGGGGAGACGAAAGAAGAAAAAGCCAAGAAAUCUGAAGAUGAGGGUGGCAAAGACCACAGGGAGAGGGACAAGGACUAUGAAAGAGACAAGGAGCGAGAGAGGCAGCAGCGAGACAAGGAGAAACUGAGGCGGCAGGAAGAAGACAGAAGGAGACAAAAGGAGCGCUUUGAGAAGGAGAAGACCUUUAGAAGAAAAGAGGAAGAAAUGAAAAAGGAAAGAGAUCUACUUAGGGACAAAGGAAAGAGGAAUGAUGGUACAGAUUUAAUAGGCAACUCAGACAGAAUGACCAGAGAGGAAAGAAAAGAAGAUGUGUCCAAAAGAGAUCGCAUAAGAAACAAGGACCGCCCAGCAAUGCAACUCUACCAGCCAGGUGCCCGGAGCCGGAAUCGCCUGGGACCCUAUGAAGACAGCUCUUUGAAAUCUGCAGAGCCAGCUCCAGAUAAAAAGCAAGAGAAUGAGAACAAUAGUAGGAAAGAAGAGGAAUGAUGGCCCCAGAUAGCUAACUGUUCUAAUUGUGCAGACAGCCAAAGAGCAGGAAUCAAGCAGUCUAUAAGUGCCUUCAAAAAGAAGGAGUAGAGAGAAAGAAUCUCAGAGGGUCCAGGUGCUAGUGGGGCUACCUUUCAGAUGAGCACAUUACGGGGGGAGGGGCAAAAGCUGAAAUCUUGGUUCAAGAGGCCAAAUUUGAGGUGAUUCUUACAUAUGCAGCUAUAGGAAUUUUCUUUUAGGAUUUUCAGACUACAAUGAGGAAAAUGACUUGAUUUGAGGUUUAUUUGAUUUGAGGUUUGCUUGAAUGUGGAAAUGUCUUUUGUGGCCUUAAUCAUGGCAAUCUGUGUGCUACAGUUUGGAAGCCUAUAGCGGAUAUUGAAAGGUUUGGGUUAGCAAAGUGGAGAAUGCUGUAAUUUCAGGCAUGUUGAGCUGCCUUUGAAGGAAGGGCAGCUUCACCUUAGUCAUGUUGUAUCACUGGUAUUAAUUACUCAAUUGGAAUUGGCCAGAAACAGAAAGCAUCCCAUUACCUUAGGCCCGGAAAAGAUAUCGCAGACUACUUCCUACAAACAGAUUUUUGGGUUUGACGUGCCAAUCAGAGUCAAAUAAGAUCUACGUUCCCCAUACGGAAACUCUCUGGCUUUUAUUUGAUUAUAGGUUAGCAUAUGAGAAUAUUUCAAACAUUUCUUCUUGUGUUUGGGCCCUUUUUUUAAACCAAAUUAGCUAAAAUUCAACCCUCCACAAUUGGCCAUUUCCAUCUUUGCUUCAUCUUAUUGCCUUAUGGCACAAGCACAUUUCCUGUCCCAGGAAAUCUAUGGUCAUCUUUUAUCAUAGGAACUUCCCAUCUACACUGUUUUGUACAGAUAUCAAUAAAGAUCUGACCAAACAGCAA